AUGGCAGAUUGGUCCUUGCUUCCGAAUGACUUACUAGAACUAAUCGUGGGUCAUCUUGAGACAUCUUUCGAGAUUGUCCUCUUCCGAUCCGUCUGCAGCUCAUGGCGGUCUGUUGUACCUCCACAAGAUCAAUCCCGCUGCUUAAGUAUCAAAACUCAUGAUAUAUCAUUCAAUGCCGGGUUUUCGUUCAGCGGCCAACCAACGGAUCAUCCUCUGUUUGGAAGCACACUAACAAAGAUCCCAAUUUAUCUAGUGAAAUUCUGGACUCCGUUUGGUGAUGAUUAUUUAUUGGCAGAGAUGCGUGAACGAGAGGGUGGGGAACCGAUGUUUUUGUUGUCGCCCUUGUCAUCUAAUCGUAUUAUAUAUGGAAUGGGAAUAAAUAAAGUGUUGUUCAACUCUCUUACCUCACCAAUUAUCCCAUUUGGACAAUACUACGAGAUAACCUACUCUGAGAAGCAACCCAUUCGUUACCGCUAUGGAUUACCCUGUCAUUUAUGGGAUAAAUUAGAGUGGGUGGAGAUUACCGAGAGAGUUGAAUUUCUUAAACUGGAUAGUGAAGAUAGCAGAGAUUUUGCGGUGCUUUUUGCUGGAAGAAUGUGCAAUUUGGUGAUGUAUAGAAGCCGUAACAUGAGUUGGACUCAAGUUGUGGAGCAUCCUGAAAAGUAUGCAUAUCAAGAUUUGGUUGCAUUCAAAGGAAAGUUUUAUGCUCUUGAUUCAAGUGGAAGGGGACGGGUCUUUGUUGUCGAACUUUCUUUGGAAGUUAUGGAGAUCCCCUCAGUCAGAGGAUCACAACAGUCUUCUAAAGAAAAUCUGGUGCUGUCAGGCGAGGAGUUGUUGCUAGUGCAACGGUUCACCCCUGAAGUGCGGCAUUAUGAUGAAUAUCUAUAUACAUGGUUCAGAGUGUUUAGACUUGAUGAAGAGGAGGGAAGAGAAAGUGGGUUCAAGUUAAUGACUCUAACGACCGAGUGAUCUUUCUUGGAGCUCAGACGAAUCUCUGCUGCUCGGUACAUAAGCUCCCAUGUGCAAAGGAGAAUUGCAUUGUGUUCAUUGAAUCAAAUAAUUGUUUCAUCAUUGACAAUGACUCAGUCCUUUUGUUUGACUUAAAAACCAGAAGAACUAGUACUGCGUUUAAUGAAUGCAAAGGCUACAUGGGCGUGUUCGGCGCAAAUCUUGAAUCUUUGUUGUCUUGUGGACUUGUGACCAUUCCUGACCCAACGUUAAGCUUUGAUUUCGGUUAUGAUUAUGAAUGUUAGUCUUUUUAUUCUGGAUUCCAAUAUGACAGUUUAGAUGUAACAUUUAAACUAUAUGAAAUAAACCAUCCGAAAUACCU